GAGCAUCCACACUUUGGAUUUCUGCUACAAAGAACACUCCACAGACUUCACUAGGAUAACACAGUACAAGCUAAUUAUGCUGCAUAGGCACUGAAUACCAAGAUGCUGCCUCUGCUGCAUCAGAGUAGGAUGGCUCAUUAUCAGGCUUAGAAUAGUACAUAGCAAAAAAAUUCACUGAUCUUCAGUAAACAUCAGCUGUAACUUACCAGACAGUGGAUGCACCAGGCUCUUAUUUUAACACCAUGAAGAGUGCCACUUCUGGAUCUUCAGAUGAAAGUUUUUAUCCAGACUCUUAUUCUGACACCGUGAAGAGUACUACUUCUGAAUCUUCAGAUAAAAGUUUUUAUUCAGAACCUACGAAAGCCUGGGAAGCCAGAAAAGCGAAGAAAGCAAAGAAAGCCAAGAAAGCCAAUGAGAAAACAAACCAGAUAAGGCAAAUUCCAGCUUUUCCUUUCAGUAUAAGAUGUUCAAAAAUUUGCAAGCUUUCCAACAGGUACCCCAAGGGCAGAGGUGUGACAAAAGGAUGGUAUGAGUAUAAGCUUGCUCAUAAAAAGAAGGCUUUCACACGUUAUACAGCAAAACGUCAUCACCAUCCCUUAUGCAGAAGACGGUUGAAUAAAAGUGCCUACUCUUCCACAGACAGCCAGAACAGCAUUAAAAAGAGCAGUUUCUCAUCAGACAGCCAGAACAGCAUUAAAGAGAGCAGCUUCUUGCAAGACAGGAAGAAGAUUAUCAUGAAUAAACGUGAGUUUGCUGUUAAAAUGAAGGCUUUUUCAGAUGAUAUAGCAAAAUAUCAUCACUAUUACUCAUGCAAAAGACAGAUGAUUAAGAGUGUCUACUCUUCCACUGAUAUCCAAAAGAGCAUUUCCUUUUUUGGGACGGAAAAGGGAAUUUACCAAGGGAAACCCUUUUUUUCAACACCAAGAGCAAUAUUAAGGGGGGGCUGCUCUCUUCAAAAAAAAGAAGAUUAA